AUGGAGGAGAAACUCGGCCGAACCAGACAGCUCUCAGAGAGUGCCGAAUCCGAGGAUCCCAAGCGUACGAGACCUGACGACGGGACUGCGCAAGAGGUCGCAGCUUCUCCGCCCAGUUUUGUGGACUUCGAUAAACUCAUGGAAAGCCUCCGUCGAGAUACAGAGACAAUGCAGCUGGCUCAUGAAAUCGCUCUCAACCCGGACUUCAAACUCCAGAAGCCCAAUCUCCCUGCGAAUAGUCUCUAUGCUCUGGUCCAGCAGAAUAUGCGGAAAGCCUACUGGGAUAUCAUCAAGGAGGACAUACUCAAGGAGCCUCCCGUCCUCGACAUGGUGAUCAAGCUAUGCCAGGACAUGCGGCAAUCGCUGUUGGAUUUGUUGUUGCCACACCAGAGCCAGAUGCGCGAACGAAUAAGCGAACUCUUCGAUAUCGAGCUCAUCAAACAGCAGUGCGAGAGUCAGAGAAGUAUCGACCCGCUGAAGGAUUAUGCCCCGGCUCUGCUAGGCUUCAUGCAACGGUUGUGCUGUCCCAUGAGGGACGAAGAGAUCGAGGCCCUCAGAGGCAUCGAAGACACGGUUGAACUCUUCCAGGGAAUGACGCGAGUGCUCGAAGAGAUGAAGCUGGACUUCUCGAACUUCUUGAUCGAUCAAAUCCGACCCGUGAUGAGGCAGACGAUCGUAUCGUAUGAGCAAAAUCAAAUGAAGAAAAUUCAGACAGCACAGGAACUGAUGGGUGUCGACCCUCACAAAAACACGAAGAGAUGGCUGCGUCGAGCCUUCGAGGACAUAAGCUCAGUGGACGACCAGAAACCCGCGACCGGAGUGGUUCUGCUGCAAGGAUUCAUGCAAGCCGUUUUCCAACAUCAGUACAUUAGCGAGGAAUGGGAGUUGCCAGAAACACUCGACGUGGACCGUGAACGAAUUUUGGAGCUCCAACAAGCUCACCUGAUGAUAACGAUCGGAGCUUCAGCCAUCACCAUCGCACAGACUUAUCUGCCGCCUGCGAAAGUGACGGCAGGUAUCAAGGGUCGUAUGAAAGAUGUCGCUCUGAUAGUGCUAGCGGAUGUCAAGUGUUCAGUGGAAUCAGAACUGCGGGAAGCCUUGAGCGAUGUCGCGACCAAGUUCUUCCAGGAUAUUCAGAAGGAAACGUCGGCGAGCUUGUCGAAGCAACAGGAGAUCCUUUUCCAUGGUCAGAUCGCAGAUUUGGUGAACCUCAAUAAUGCUGUCAGGAAUCUCAUCUAUGGACGAAUAGUUGCCUUCGUUUCAGAGAUCGCCAAAGGAGUGCAGAAUGUCAAAGUUCCUCUAGGUCUCUCAACGUUCGAGAAGGAACUCCUCAAAGUCGUGGCAGAUUUCUUGAGGGUCAUAUCUUUGAACAGAGCCACACACUCCGAGUUGUACACAUCUAUUGUGACGGACAUUGCAUCGCUGAAGCCUGGCGGUACAAAUGAUCCGUGAACCUGUAUUUGCUCCCGGUGCAAUCGAAAAUGCUGGAAAUUGUAUCUUGCCUAUUUUCUAGAGAUGGAUAAGGUUCGCUCGUCCUCGACUGGACCUGAUGAUCGUGCUGUUUCCGGCUCCUCGCUUGUCCCUGUCCCCGACAUUAUAUUCCGGUCGAGUAAGUAAGUUGUGGUGCGUACGAAAAUGGCGCAGUUUGGAAAACGAUGAUGUUUCGGUGCAUUCG